AGAGGAAAGCUCAAAUCGACCAGAGAGAUCAGUGUAUAUACUUACCGAUACCUGGUUGGUUCAAAAUGGGGAGGACGACAUGGUUCGACGUCGACGGGAUAAAGAGAGGAGAGUGGACGGCGGAGGAAGACCGAAUGCUCGUCGCUUAUAUCAACAAAUACGGUGUCAGGGACUGGGGUGCCCUGCCUAAGAGAGCCGGUCUGCAUAGAUGUGGCAAGAGUUGUAGAUUAAGGUGGCUGAAUUAUUUGAAGCCUGGUAUUAAAAAAGGCAAGUUCACUCCUCAGGAGGAAGAUGAUAUCAUCAAAUUUCACUCCCUUCUUGGAAACAGGUGGGCAGCAAUAGCAAAGCAAAUGCCAAACCGAACAGACAAUGAUAUCAAGAAUCACUGGAACUCAUGUCUUAAGAAAAGACUUCGUAGAAGUGGGAUAGAUCCGAUGACCCAUGAGCCAAUCAAAGCCACUUCCUCCUCAACGAGGUCGUCUCCAGCACAGAGACAUUCUUCUUCUACUACUUCUUUCUCUCUUUCCUCCACAGGCUCUGUACGUCUACUUAACAAGCUUGCUGCUGGAAUCUCCUCGAGGAAACUUGCACUCGAUAGGAUCAGGACUGUGAUGAUAUCUUCGGAACCAAGAGAAGUCGAUGAAGAAGAGAAGAUGAUGAUAAGCAGCAGGAAAGAAGAGGAGAAAGUGAUUGGCUGUUUCAUGGAGAUUGAUAAGAAUCUGAUCACUACGAUGUCGUUAGAUGAGUUGGCUUGUGACUCUAGCUACUACUACUACGACGACUGGCUUCGUGGCUGCUUUCAAUGACUACUCAUCAUUGAGCCUUACGAUUUACGUUACGCGGUCGGUCCUGAGACA